AUGUCUGGCAAAGGAAAAGUUCAUGGCGGCAAAGGCAAGUCGUCCGAAAGCAGCAAAGCCGCAUUGUCGCACUCAGCCCGUGCUGGGUUGCAAUUUCCCGUGGGAAGAGUCAAGAGAUAUUUGAAGAGAAACGCUCAAAACAAAAUCAGAAUUGGAUCCAAAUCGGCCAUCUACUUGACGGCAGUGUUGGAGUACUUAACAGCCGAAGUUUUGGAGUUGGCUGGUAAUGCAGCCAAGGAUUUGAAGGUUAAGAGAAUCACCCCUCGUCACUUGCAGUUGGCCAUUCGUGGAGAUGAAGAAUUGGACAACUUGAUCAAGGCUACCAUUGCAUACGGUGGUGUUUUGCCUCAUAUUAACAAGGCGUUGUUGUUGAAGGUGGAACGCAAGAAGGGCCCAGGUGAGAAGUAG